GGCUGGUAAUCACUGAAAGCUCCAGGAAAUCCAGUCUCGGUUUCUCCUCCAGUUUAGCGACACGCUUUGGAAAGCUCUUUGUUAUGGGGAAAAUUCUCCUCUUUGCUCUACUGACUGGCGGUGUGGUACAAAAUUUAAUCGUGGCCACCAGCGAUUGCGUUGAAGGAUGCAGCGUCCUCCGCCUCCACGGGCUGUCUCGCUACCUCCUCCAUGGCUUAGCCCCUUUGUACUUCUGGCCUUCGGAGGAACUCGAUCUGUGGCUGGAAGUGCCGGCAUUUAGUGGCUUUUCCCUGAUUCGAGGUCCUACGAAGAUAUACAAGUGGCAUGAGAUCACUUUACCAGUGGAGAUAAACCGGGAGAAAGCUGUGUCACAGCACCUACCAUUUUACCAAACAAAGUGUGCGGUUCUCAGGACUACGUGUAUCUGCAUGCAAACCGGCCGGGGUUCUGGGCUGUAA